AUGGUUCGCUCAACCCUCUUGUCCGUGUCGGCCGCCUUGCUGCUCGCCGCCUCUGCUGCCGCUGGCGCAACGACCGCCUCCGCGACCCAUUGGGAGUUUGUCGAUGUAAAUCAGCCCCGAACUUUGGAGUUCCAGGUUGGCUGCGAGAAGGAACUGCGCGGCAUCUACGAGGAUCUGUCUAUCUACGCCGUUCCAGAAUCCUGCAGAGUCACUUCCAGUAUGCUCCCUGCCGAGCACAUCUACUCGCAACUGAUCGUUCUCGAGCGACAGGAGCUUGAGGGUGACACUGCCCAGGAUGUCCAGGACUGGAACAACGCUGUCCAGGACGCCGUUGCCGAUUUUGCCAUGCAUCCUUACACCGACUUUGCAGACGGAAACUCUGGCGCCCAGCUCCCCUACGCCAUCCCUCGUGGUCGUCGCAACUUCUGCCGCUUCGCCAUUAUUGAUCUCCCAGAGAGUCAUCCCAAGUACCGCGUCCUGGUGGGCUCCAAUUGCGCCGUAAAUGAGACCCCGUACCUCAUGGACAUCCUACCAUCCAACACGGAGAUUCUGCCUGUCAGGACCCAAGGCUUUGUUGCGCCAUUGGCGAGACUUCCAGCGGAUCACCCCAUUGUGGUCAAGUCCAAGAAUCUGAAACAUCGCAAGGCGCUUCAGUCGCUUGUUGACCAGGUCGACGUCAAGACCCUUGAGAAGGACGUAACCUGGUUGUCAGGUGAGGCUCCCGGUAGUCCCUUUAUCACCCGUAGCUCUACCUCCAAGCAGAGCCAUGAGGUGGCUGCGUGGCUCAAGUCGCAAUUCGAGAGCUAUGGCUGCCACACCGUUGAGCUGAUGCUGUACCAAUCUCGCUUUGGGCCCAAUGUUAUCUGCACCUUCAAGGGAACUGAGCACCCCGACGAGCAUGUCAUUAUUGGAGCACAUCACGACAGUCGUGGCUCUUUCUUGAAUCCCAGGGCUCCUGGAGCAGAUGACGAUGGCUCGGGUUCGAGUAUGCUGCUUCAGGUGGCGCGCAUUAUCAAGGCCAACAACGUCUCGUUCGGCCGUACCUUUGUUAUUGCCGCAUUCUCAGGAGAAGAACAAGGAUUGUUUGGCUCUGCUGCUUUGGCCAAGAAGCUGAAGGAGGCAAGAACAACGAUCACGAUGAUGAUCCAGGGAGACAUGUUGGCGUACAGAAAGCCGGGUGAGCCUAUCCAGGUCGCAUUCCCUGCCCGCUACCACACUCCCGAGCUCAGCUCGCUGUUGCGCAACGUGACGGAGCUGUAUGUGCCCGAUGCAGUGGUUGGCACAACCGGCGCAUGCUGCUCUGACCACCAGUCUUUCUGGGAGAAUGGCUUCCCGGCAACGGCGUUCUUUGAGAGAAACGGACCGAUUGCGGACCCUAAAUACCACAACUCGGGCGAUCUGGUCUACAGGGAGGGCUAUGACUUUGGGCAAUUGAGUGCGUCGACCAAGGCCAUGCUCGCAUCCGUCUUUGAGGUCGCCGAUGCUAAGGUGAACGCACCGGAUGCGUAA